UGAGCUGCGCUGAUCGUGGCAAAGGAUGAUGGCAGAUUCUGAAGAACCGAGGCAUGGGCUGGAACAGUGCAUGGAGGUUCUGGAAUUAGUGAGUGCCCACCCGGAGCAGUUGCUGAGUGUGCAGGAUGAAUUGGCAACAGAGUUCUCUUGUUUAACAAAAGCUCUUUAUGAUUUGCAAAAGUCACAGCUUGCACUAGAGGUGGGAAGCCCAUUGGAAAAGCUGAUUAUAGAGAAUUUUGAUGAAGAGCAAAUAUGGCAGCAACUAGAACUGCAGAACAAUGCUGUUCUUGGCUACUUCAAGAAAGCAGUUAGUAAGACACAAAAAGACAAGGAUAUUUAUCUCAUACAGUCAACUGAGGAAGAGCCAUCAGAAUUGGAAUACGAAGAUGAGGAAGGUGUGUCAGCAGAAGAGUCAGAGUUAAUUAGUGAAAAUGAAGAUGAACAAAGAACUCAGAAGAAAAAAACUGCUGAUACUAAAAGACCAAAGAGAACACCAGUGGAGGCAUUCAGUGAUGAUGAUGAUUCAGAUAUGGACUUUGAUAUUGAUAAACUGGAGAAGCAGAGUCAGCAGAUACCAAAUAAAAAACCAAUGGCUAAACCUAGUGAAAAGUCAGUACUUGAUGACAAGUUCUUUAAGUUGUCUGAAAUGGAGGCCUAUUUAGAAAAAGUCGAGAAAGAAGACAGUGAGGAGGAUGACGAUGAUGAUGUUGAUUAUUUUGAGGAUAUUGACUCUGAAGAUGAUGAGGAGGAGGAGGAAGAGGAUGAUAUGGAUGAAGAUUUUAACAUUACAAAAAGCAAAGAACAGGUGAAAAAAAGUUCAAGAGAUCUUCAGUACCAAGAUUUCUUUGACCCUGUUGAGGGAGAGGAGGGAUGUGACAUUGAUCCUUCUGCAAAGAAUAAGAAGGAAGAAAAAGAACAGGAUGAUUUUUUGGAAGAUGAUGAAGAGGGAGAUGGUGAGGAAGAUGAUGAAGAAGGAGAUGGUGAGGAAGAUGAUGAAGAGGGAGGUGGUGAGGAAGAAGAUGAGGAGAAAAUGUCUAAAAAUGAUGAAGAUGAGGAUGAACAAAUGGAGGAAACAGAAGAGAGCCAAAAAGCUAAGGAGACGUUGAAACGUGUGACAUUUGAUCUCUCUGAUGAGAGUGAAGGAGAAGAUGUUGGUGAUAUACUGGGUGGAAAGAAAAAAGAGAUCUCCGAGUCUAGUGAAGUCAAAUCUUCCUUUGAGAAAAGGGAACAAAAGAUGGCUGAAAAGAUUCAAGCUCUGCAAAAAAACAUGCUAGAAGAGAAGCAGUGGCAGUUUUCUGGUGAGGUAACAGCACAAAAAAGGCCAGAAAACAGUUUACUUUCAGAAUCAUUGGUAUUUGACCAUGCCUCCAGGAUGGCACCCGUUAUCUCAGAGGAAACCACUAUGCAACUUGAAGAUAUAAUCAAACAGAGAAUAAAAGACCAGCUAUGGGAUGAUGUGGUGCGCAAGGAGAAGCCAAAAGAAAAUGCCUUUGAAUACAAGAAACGACUCACCUUGGACCAUGAUAAGAGCAAACUCAGUCUUGCAGAGAUUUAUGAGCAGGAAUAUAUUAAACAAAAUGAGAAAAAUAAAGAAGAGGAAGAAAAUCCAAAACACAUGGAAGUCCAAAAAAUGAUGGAUUCCCUCUUCCUAAAGCUGGAUGCCCUCUCAAAUUUCCAUUUUAUACCGAAACCACCUGUUCCUGACAUAAAGGUGGUUUCAAACCUGCCUGCAAUCAGCAUGGAAGAAGUGGCCCCAGUAAACGUCAGUGAUGCAACACUUCUGGCUCCAGAGGAAAUCAAGGAAAAGAACAAAGCUGGAGAUAUAAAGACUAACGCUGAGAAAACAAUCACUGAUAAAAAGCGGGAGAGAAGGAAGAAGAAGGCUAUCAAGAAGCAGAAAAUAAAAGAAAGAGAAGAGAGGAAGAAGCAGGCAGACAAAAUAAGAACAGAAAAAGGAAAGAAAGCAUAUACUAAAGCUGAUGCGGCAGAUGAUCUUAAAAAGAUUGCCAAAGAGGGAAAGGCCACAGUAUUAAAGGAUGAAGGGAAGGAUAAAGCUUUAAAAUCUUCUCAGGCAUUCUUUUCUCAGCUGCAAGAUCAAGUUAAAUUACAGAUCAAGGGAGCCAAGUCAGCACAGAAGAAACAAAAGAAAGAAAAUGAACUUUCAGUCCAUAAACUCAAACUCUAGUGUACAGCUGUGCUUGCUUUUCUUUAUAUAUAAUGGGAUAAUACACAGAUGCCUAGCCAACACGCAGUCAUUAAUAUGUGGAACUACAUCUUCUACAAUAACUUCACAUCACAUGCUGUCAAGGCUGCUUGCAGUGCUAAAAUAUUUGGAGAGGUGCAUAUUACCCCUGCCUAGGCUAAUCUAUUUAUAUAGAUUGGGGGAAAAUGUUUAAUAUCAGAGUGUAGAAAGGAAAUGUAAUUUUUUUUAUGCCUACGUUUUGUAAAAUAAAAUGUGUUUUACAAUGUAA